ACACAGUAAAUGGUCUAUGUAAACAAUGCAAAAUAUGUGCUGCCUCUUUAAGGAAGGUUGAGAUUCCAGUUUCACUGGUGUAGAUCCAAUCCAAGAUGGAAUCCGCACUGAACAACUACACUGAGCUUUAAAAACUUCAGUGGAAUAACGAAAGGAAAACAACGAUACGGUCUAGACACUCACCUUUAUUAUAAGCACAGCAAUCGAAGGACACUUGGAAUGGUGAAGACAGAACUAUGAAUCUUCUGAAUGUGAAGGCGUGAGCCCUUCCCACAACCAGUCCAGCAUGGACAGCUUUUUUAAGGCUGCCGUAUGUGACCUGGACAAGCUGCUGGAUGACUUUGAGCUCAAUACAGCAGAUGACCACGACUGCAGAUUAGUCUCUUUGCCUCCUCCCACAUAUCCUGGCCACUCUCUGGGCCCCCAGGGGUUCCCUCUGGAAGCCUCCACGGUUUCAGGUCCACGCUCUCUCCCUGACCUCAACUCCUUGCACUAUGGCAAUGCGCCCAGUUGCCCUGACCGCCCAGGUCCUGGGGAGCGCGAGGCCUCGGGACGUCCCCUCACCGGGGUUGACCUGCUGUCCUCUGUGGACGGCCGGGUGGAAGCUAAGAGCUCCGCACCCCCUUGCCCUGACCGGGCGCUGAAGCCUGUGUGCGACCUGGUUAGCGACACGGGCUUGGCCCACCUCCUCCGGGCCAACAGCCACGAUGCCUUCAGCGAGUUAGACGAUGUGGAGAGGCAGCUGGAGGAGGAGGAGCUGCUGGUGGACUUCAGCAGCCCGGUGGUGGUUCUUCCCAGGGAAGCAGUACUAGGUCUGGGUCCCGGCCUUGGGAGGACUGAGGGGAGGGAGUCUCUGCCCGGGUUCGGGGAGGGAACGCUGGGGCUGGACUCGGAUGGUUACUCGGACUCUUUCAGCCUACUUGAUGUGAUUCUGCCCGCUGCUGCCGAGAGGGGCUGUGAGCAAGCGGGUGCCCCCCCACUGAGGAACUCUGAGUCUGGAGAGACGGAGGGCGAAGAAGACAGGGACAAGGCUGUCAAAGAGGUGGCUGAUGUCAACCAACGCCUGGAGGCCUCACCAGACCGCCGGGACCAGCCUGCGGUGCUACCUGUCGAAAUGGAUGCCCAGACAGAGGACGUUUCCUCGUGUGAUGUCGUCGCUGAGUCUGGGGUUGAAGGUCAGGGGUCUCCGGAUCUGUCUGAGCUGACUGAGACAGAGCAAUCGGGGGACUGUGCUGGAAAGGAACCCAACUUUGACCACUGCUGUGGUGGCGUGCCCCCGAGCCCCUCGGCCCUGUCCGCGUGUGAGUCCCUGGGAGAGGCCCCCGGGGAAGGGUCCCAGGAGAAUGCUGAGGCAGUCCCAGCUGAUACUGUAGAGGCUGAAUUCCUAUCUGUCUCUGAGGUCCAGGAGGAAGUCACUCUACCAGAGACCCCUGGGACCGUGGUUGGGGCCCCGUUGCACCACCCUGACCCGCCACCCGACACGGAGGGCCCGGAGACAGACAGCCUGUCGUUCAGCCUGGCUGUCUCUGCUCCCCCCUCCUCUAAACAGCCACCAGAGGUCAGCCUUUCCCCUAUGGAGGACUUGAGGGCCCCAAAGGCUCUUGCGUCUCCCACUUCAGGGCCCAGCCCAAGCCCGGUAGACCCACAUGAGUUUGGCUUUGAGUACCUGCCGGAGAGCGACCAGGCCAGUCUGCUGGUGACGGAUGAGGAGCUGGACGCGUUUCUCCGGGGUGAGACUCUGGAUCAGGAGCACCAGGAGGUCCCUCGCUGUGGGAGGCCCUCGGAGAACCUCCAGGACGAGGGCUUCUCCGAGCUCAACGGGGACCUGGAGGAGCGGCUGGUGGAGGAGGAGCUACGGAGCUACAGCCGGAGCCAGGGGGAGGGGCUGGAGAGGGGGGCGGGGCUAGCCUCCCCGGAAAGCGACAGGACCAUGUCUGCAGAGGGGAGUGUGAGCCCAGCUCCCUCAACGCCGUCCCAGGACCCCCCCAGCCCAGGCCGUGACCUCCCACCACCCUACUACGGAGGGGCCCGGCCCAAACGGCUGCUCUGCCAGACCGCCAGAGCCCCUCCGGCAACAGGGGACCACCAGGGACCCAGUAGCCCCGCAGGCAGCACGGACGCCGGCGAGGAUAUGGAUCAGAGUCCCUCCCCUCCCAGCCCCAACCCUGCAGAGGACCCAUCCAGCCCAGCUGUGCCCUGCCCAAGUUACACCCCAGCGGAGUGCUACGAGGGCAGCAGAUAUGACGAGCUGUCCGAGCCUCCGCCCUACCCUGGCGAGCCCCCCGGAGAAGGGAGCGGGUCUCCGGAAGGUCGGCUGGGGGACGAUGAGGAUGGGCUGGGGAGCAAACAGCCCCCCUGGGUGCCGGAUUCAGAGGCGCCCAACUGUAUGAACUGCUGGCAGAAGUUCACGUUCACCAGGAGAAGGCACCACUGCCGGGCUUGUGGGAAGGUGUACUGUGCUGUGUGCUGCAACAGGAGGUGCAAGCUCAAGUACCUGGACAAGGAGGCCCGGGUGUGUGUCCUCUGUUUCGAGGCCAUACACAGAGCCCAGGCAUUGGAGCGUAUGAUGAGUCCAACAGGCCCGAGCCCCAACCCUAACAUUCCGUCAGAGUACUGCAGCACCAUCCCUCCCCUGCAGCAGGCCAGGGCUGCAGGCACCCUCAACUCUCCUCCACCCACCGUCAUGGUGCCCGUCUCAGUGCUCAGAACCCCCAGCAGUGACGGUUGUCCUCGUGAGCAGAAGCGUGUCUGGUUUGCAGAUGGCAUCCUGCCCAAUGGGGAGGUAGCCGACACCACCCGGCUGUCUGUGACCGGCAGGAGGAGCUCUCAGGAGUCCAGCCCUGUCACACCUGACCCACCUACGGCUGGAGUGUCCCCUGGCUCUGUGGUGCCCUCUGAGGGUAGUGGUUUGGCCCCUGAGGCCACAGCAGAGGUGGAGGUGGUGCGACCCCCCGUGUCUGGGCCCUGGGACUACAGCCUUCUGUGUGGAGUGGGGGGCUGCGUGGAGAGGAGUCCCAGUCUAUUGCCUGAGGAUGCCGAGGGUCUUCCGCCUCUGCUUAUCACCACCGACGACGAGGAGGGAGGAGGGGGAGGUCUAUUAGUGGAGGAGCGCCCUGCCCCCUGCCAGAUCCUGUUCCUAUUGGAGGAGGGUGGCCCACGCCCUUUGACCUUUGUCCUCAACGCUAACCUGCUGGUCAACGUCAAACAGGUCACCUACUGCGGUCGGAGGUGCUGGUGUUUUGGCUCCAGUGGUCUCCAGACUGUGGGACAGAGAGAGCUAGUGUUUGUGCUGGAGUGUCUGCCUGAGGAGAAAGCUCUUCCCAAAGACCUGUUCACACUCUACCUCUCCAUCUACCAGGAUGCACAGAGGGGGAAGUAUGUGGAGGAGCUGGGCAACGUGCCGUUUACAGGCAGUUUCCUGGGCAGCAAUGAACACGGUGGGAUGCUGUUCUUUUCCCCCACCUUCCAGCCCUUAGAGGGCCUCUGUCUGCCCCCACAGCCCUUCCUCUGUGGCCUCCUCAUCCAGAGGCUAGAGGUGCCCUGGGCCAAGGUCUUCCCCCUCCGCCUGCUGCUACGGCUGGGCGCAGAACACAAUGUGUACCCCAGCACACUGGUCAGUGUCCGCUUCCGGGAGUCUGUGUUCCGAGAGACGGGUCACACCAUCAUGAACCUCCUGGCUGACCUGAGGAACUACCAGUACAGUCUGGCCGCUGUAGAGGGCCUCAGGAUCCACAUGGAGAUGGGCCAGAGCUACAUUGACAUUCCCAAGAGCAGCUUCACAGAGAUGCUGAAGGUGGUGAAUGCGUCCAACGAACAUGUGAUAAGUGUGGCCGCCGGCUUCAGUUUGGAGGCAGACUCUCACCUGGUCUGUUUUCAGAAUGAUGAGGGCAACUACCAGACCCAGGCCAACAGUCAGUCUGGCAAGACGCGGACCGUGACAGGCGCCAGCUUUGUGGUGUUCAAUGGCGCUCUGAAGGCCUCGUCAGGCUUCAUCGCCAAGUCGAGCAUUGUGGAGGAUGGCCUGAUGGUGCAGAUCCCCCCGGAGACCAUGGAGGCCCUGCGGAGCGCCCUGAGGGGACAGACCGACUUCCACAUCCCCUGUGGCAAGGCCGACGGAGGGGAGCUGCGGGACAAUGUGACGGUUCGCUGGGUGGACUGGAGCGCCCCUGUCAACUCUGGUGUGACCAGUGGCGUGGACGGGAAGCCUCUCGAGGGGGUCCACAGUGUGAGAAUGCAGCAAGACACAGUGUUCGAGUCGGAUGGACGCUCCAUCAGGUGUACUGAGGUGUUCCACACGCUGAAGUCUCCAGACAUGGCGCUGUCUGCCGUGCUGCCGUCCUGCCGUGUGUUUCAGAGGGAGAUGGCCAUGGCCAGCUGUGGAGCUCUGACCCCUCACCUCUCGGUCCUCUCAGCCAGCGGCAUCAACUCCCUCGCCCUCCGCGUCUCCACACACACAGACAUGGUGGAGUACCAGGCGGGUUCGGGGGGCAGGCUCCUACCUCAGCGCUAUAUGAACGAGCUGGACAGCGCUCUAAUCCCUGUCAUUCAUGGUGGCUCAGCCAGCGUCCCACAGACCGCCAUGGAUAUGGAGUUCAUCUUCUACAUCACACACACCAUCUAACACACGCACACACAGUUAGGGCUGGCACAGUAACUGUGACUGGAGACUCGCAUUAAAAUAAAAUAAGUUAAACAGUUUUUAUUAUAUUACUCUAUGUUUCCCAAGGGAGAGCCAAGCAUUAAUGCGAUUAAAGCAGUUACUGCAGUAACACGGGCUUCUAACAAGAUUCAUCUCUUCUGCGCCUUGCUGAAACAAGAUGAGUGGUAGUAAAAUAGCCCGCUCCUUAGCAGCCACAUACAGGAAUACAUUGACUACCUGUAUUACUCUGGUAACACAUGCAGUCCAAACCACAUGAUUGAGAACAUUUGCAUAUUUAAAAUAAUACUGAUAAUUGGCAGACCAAUAACUUACCAAAAAUGAUUUGACGAUCACAGCCCUAUAUAUAUAUAUAUAUAUAUAUAUAUAUAUUAAAACACACAUGCACAUCAAAACACAGGCUCAGUUGCAUAAAGAAAAACUCUUAUGCACAGAUGCAGCCUGGGUUUCUUUGCACAGAAAGAGGCUGGAGCUCUAAGGAUGUUAACGGACACAAACAGCCAAUAAGACAUCACUUUUGACCUGGCUGAAGACAGACAGCCAAGAAGGCUUGGCGACUGAACUUACGGCCCAAUGCCAGGACACUCCCACAGAAUCUCUGCAAACCUCUUGGAGGCCCGAGGUUGUAGGCCAAUAUUCCUGGAUGAGAAACUGGAACAGUGACAUGACUUUCAGCCUGAGAAACGUCUCCAACGAUGCUAUAACCAACAAGACCAAUCAAUAAAUACAAGUAACAAACAACAACCAAAAGAAAGAAGCCAAACUACCCUGAAACCCUGACUAUUCUCGCUUUGCCUUCUCGGUUCCUUGCUGACGUCAUCUGUCAGUCAGCCCUGGAGCACGUUGAUGAAUGUUUUCACCAUACUCUGUCAACAAACCGCUUUUCUCUUUUAAUCCUUUUAGAAUGACCACAUGAUAAAAAAAUAAAUGUUUGAAUGGUAAUGAUUCAUAACUGCGUACCAAGCCUGAAAAGAGCAGCACAGGACACUAGAGAUCUUUGUUUUUUGAGGAUGUGUGCGCAAAUAUAGAAGAUAGCCUAUUGACAAAUUUGAAGUAGCUUCCCGUAAGUCUGAGAUGUCAAUGACUUUUGGAACAUCCUCCCUCUUCAACGGUAGAGUUCAGUGUCUUGUGUGCGGUGGGACCUGUGAUUUCUCUGGCUGUGUGGGGAGAUCUUUGGCACACUAACUGUCCGUAUUGUCCAAAUGUAUAGAUGUACGUGAGUAUGUCACAAACUAUAAUGAGCUUUUUUUUUUUAAGCUUAUAGUUCUAUUUUUGGAACCGUUACAUAAAUGUAAUCAAAGUUCAUAUUUUUGAUAGGAUGUUAACAAGCUAAGUCACUUUUGAAAGUGCAGUACAGAUGAGGCCAGAAUAGGGAGAAAUAUCAACUCACAGGAGUUCCCUUUAAUCCCUCCGAUAUCAGCUGAAAUGUUAAAUACCACUUGGACUACUCCACCAAGUCAAACCAAAUACUGAUGCGAAAUAUGAAAAGCUGUAUACAAUGGGAUUGAUUAAAUAUGCAGAAGAACACUGUGUAAAGGUAUUUGUGUAACUCCCCUACAUAUUUCUUCUGGGCUGACAUUAGCCACUCUUGAAGGCCUUUACCCUGUUUGAUGCAUCAUCCAAGAACAGAAUCAAAUGGUUCCCUUUUUUCGCAGUUAAAAUGUAUUAACAUAUUUGAUCGCAAACUUCUGGACUCGAUCCCAUGCAAUUUCAAUCUUGCAGAGGUCUUUUGUUUUGUUAACCUACAUUUAGACACGUGGAGAAAAUGAUAGACAAUGUAGCUAAUACUUAGUUGCACAGCUUUUUUUUUUUUUUACCAAGAUAACUGCUAGCAAAUGCUUUUUGGAGCCAUCAAUCAGCUUUUGCACCUUUCAAUUAGCUAUUUUGCUCACUUUUCAUAAGCAAACUCCUCAAAUUUUUCCAAUACCCAUUACCAACAACGAAGAGACAAAGAUAAAAACUGUAUUCCAAAUCAUCUUGAUUAUCAGCAGAUUUCAUAAUUUAUUACUCUCAUUUAAUAAAUAUCAGAGGCAGCAGAGGCAGCCCCUCGCUCAGCAAUGUUGAAAAUGCAAUAAAAAGGUUUGGUGACCCAUUUUGUUCUUCAAAAUGUUUCCCAUCACAUUUCUGACAAAGUGCAUGGGUGUCAAUGUGGCCACAUCUGUGUACUGGCUUGUAUUUGACUCGAUACGAUGUUAUUGAUGGAGGUCAGUUGUAAAGUUAAUUACAUAUGUUCAUUGAGACAGUAGUGGCAUUGAUGCACUGUCGCUGACUGACCCCAUGCUUGUUGCUCCCGCCAAAUGAGCUGCGCUGUUCCAAUGGGGUCGGAAGCUCCCGUGCUGGAAACACUAACGUGACACAGUCGAGGGCUUCUAUUUUAAGCCCGAAUUCAAAUGAGAAUAAAAUGUACAUUUUGUAAUUGGCAUCACAACAAGGACCUAGUUGAAGUGAUGGUACAGCAUUGAGCAUUCGUAUACGCCACUACUCUAGCCCUCAUCCCUCCAGCCAUACAUACACACCACUGCACCUCUCUGCUCCUGUGUAGUAUGCGGCAGUUUUGUAUAUUCUGUAGCUCAUUUCAGACUACGUCAGCUGCCGUAUACUUGCUAGAAUAUUACUUACAGCGCUGACAGUUGUCUUCUGUGACUCUGCACCCUCAGAACCAUCUCCCGUUAUAAGGACUUGUUGAAAUGUCAUACACAUACAGAAUUGGUGUGUUAACACUUGUGAGAAAGUGGUUGCGUCUCACUGUACUGUUUAAUCCUCUUGUGGCAAAAAUGUGGGUUUGGGUUGGGUAAUACCUGCCCUUUAGGGGGCCUUUUGCCAGGCUCUAUAAAUAAAUAAAUAUGUAUAAAAGGAAUGUCCUCUAAAUUGACCUGCCUGGUAAAAAUAAAAGUUUAAUGAAAGAAA